CAUUCGAAACCAUCCGUCUACUAAAAACUCACCACCAUCAAGUUCAAGGAGUUCAAUAUCUAAUCAGUUUCCAAAUUUUCAAGAAAUCAUACCUGGAUCUUAUGAUAAUGCUAGAACGUCAUAUUCCAGAUCUAGACCUAG